AUUCUUAUUAGUUCUCUUUAUUUAUAUGAUAUAUCCUGAUUUUAGGUUUUUGUUAGUUUGGUUACGUAAUCGGGGGUUAAUACACAAUUGGAGUUGGAGCAAGGAAAGGAACCAAAAUCCGAUCGUAAUCGCCUAACUAUAUUCCUUCUUGGCAUUUGGAUUGCGAAGAAUGGUACUCUCUCAGAAGCUUCACGAAGCAUUCAAGGGCACGGUGGAGAGAAUCACCAAUCCUCGCACCGUCUCUGCGUUCAAAGAGAAAGGCGUCCUCAGCGUCAGCGAGUUCAUCAUCGCCGGCGAUAACCUCGUUUCUAAAUGCGCCACCUGGUCUUGGGAAUCAGGUGAGCCUAGCAAGAGAAAGUCAUAUUUACCUGCCGACAAGCAAUACUUGAUCACUCGAAAUGUUCCUUGUCUGAGGAGAGCAGCAUCAGUAGAGGAAGAAUACGAAGCUGCUGGAGGAGAAGUUCUUCUUGAUAAUGAGGAUAAUGACGGUUGGCUGGCAACACACGGGAAACCGAGAGAAAACAAAAAGGAGGAGGAUGACGACUUACCCUCAAUAGAGACAUUAGAAAUAAGUAAGAAGAAUGCCAUCCAAUCAAUUCCUUCAUACUUUGGGGGUGAUGAGGAGGAAGACAUACCGGACAUGGGAGACUUUGAGGAUGCUGACAAUCUUAUUGAAUCAGAUCCCGGUACACUUCAAAAUACAUAUCUUGUGGCUAAUGAACCUGAGGACGAUAAUAUUUUAAGAACUCGGACAUAUGAUGUCAGCAUCACGUAUGACAAGUACUAUCAGACUCCUCGUGUUUGGCUUACUGGAUAUGAUGAGUCAAGGAUGCUACUACAGCCGGAGCUUGUACUUGAAGAUGUCAGCCAAGACCAUGCUCGCAAGACGGUGACCAUUGAAGAUCAUCCCCAUUUACCUGGGAAACAUGCUUCCAUACAUCCAUGUCGACAUGGAGCUGUUAUGAAGAAAAUUAUCGAUGUUCUGAUGUCAAGAGGAGUUGAACCUGAAGUUGACAAGUACCUCUUCUUAUUCUUGAAAUUUAUGGCCUCCGUGAUUCCAACAAUCGAGUAUGAUUACACCAUGGACUUUGAUCUUGGCAGCUCUAGCUCCUAAUUCAGAAGUAAUUCAUAGAAGCGGUGGCAGGGGAGUUUGCUAUUUCAGAUCAGGUCGAUGUUGCAUAUAGCAAAGCUUGUGAUUGUGUGGCAUUCAUCCGUUUAUCUAAUUGUUGUAAAAAGCAUUCUUAAGUUUUUUAUUAGAUGGAACAAGGAAAUGGUUUGAACAAAGAAUUCUUAAUUAAUGUGACUUUUGGUGUGUAAAUUGCAAUGAUCAGUUUGAUGUUUACUAGCUCUGUCCGCUCC